CAUUACAUCCCUUAUCCCUUUAUAUCGCGUGCCAUAUCAGCCAUACGACCCCCUCGGCGUCUAUCCGCUAUCGCGGCUGCACGGUCCGUCGUAGCACGUAGUCGACGAUCUCGUCGUCCGUGUAAUUACAACAACCCUUCGUCAUGCCAUCGGUUCGCAGGAUGAUCCUGGGUCACGUUAUGUCCGACUUGUGCCACAAGAUGUACCGCCGGAAGAAGCUGCAGGGCGACUUGCUCGAGACACCAAUGAAAAGGUGUCUCUCCACCUUCGACAUCACGUUGCUCGGCGUGGGUCAUAUGGUCGGCGCUGGAAUUUACGUGCUAACGGGUACGGUCGCACACGACAUAGCUGGACCUGGGGUGAUGUUCAGCUUCCUCGUGGCUGGUUUCGCUUCCAUUUUGGCAGCCCUUUGUUACGCCGAACUGGCCGCUCGAGUACCGAAAGCGGGCAGCGCGUACAUCUACACUUACGUCGCCAUCGGCGAGUUUUGGGCCUUUAUCGUAGGAUGGAACCUUAUCUUGGAGCACAUGAUCGGCGCGGCGUUCGUGGCGAAAGCUUGGAGCGGAUACGUGCAUUCGUUGAGAGGCGGUGCGAUUAGCAAUUAUACUCGCGACGUGAUGGGUGAGCGGACCAUAGGAGAGCAGGGCUCCAACCCGGACGUCCUAGCUGGCGGAUUAUGUCUGGUUUACGCGAUGCUCUUGGGAGUAGGGGUGAAGACUUCGGCAACGGUCAACUCGUUGCUGACCAUCAUCAAUCUCGCGGUGAUGGGUCUGUUCGUCGUUCUGGGCAUUUAUUACGCGGACAUUACAAACUGGAGCAGCCAGAACGGUGGUUUUCUACCAUAUGGUUUCGGCGGCAUAAUCACGGGUGCAGCAACGUGUUUCUACGCCUACGUCGGCUUCGACACGAUCGCGACUGCCGGAGAGGAGGCUCGCGAUCCAAGUCGGAGUAUCCCAUUGGCGACGAUGCUCUCGAUAGCGAUAGUAAUUGUUGUAUAUAUGCUGGUCAGCAGCGCCCUGACACUGGUCGUGCCGUAUUGGGAGAUUAAUGUUACCGCUCUGCCGGAAGCCUUUUCGUCCAGGGGUAUCCCGUGGGCUAAAUAUGUGAUAAGCGUGGGUGCCCUUUGCGGAAUGACGACGACUCUUUUCGGAUCCCUGUUCUCCCUCCCAAGGACGAUAUACUCCAUGGCGAACGACGGUCUGUUAUUCGGCUUCCUCGGUCGUAUCAGCGAGCGCACGCAAGUACCGGUGUGCAAUCUCAUCAUAAGUGGAGUGCUCAGUGCUUUAAUCGCUCUGAUGUUCGAUCUCAAACAUCUGGUGGAGUUUAUGUCGAUCGGGACUCUGCUCGCGUACACCAUCGUGGCAAUUAGCAUUAUCCUGCUGAGGUAUCUGCCCGAGCACGAGCAAUCGUCCGAUCCGCCCGAGCACCAGUCCAGCGUUGAUACGCCCACCAGUGGCUGUUCCUCGCCACCUACGGAGGAAGCGGACUCCAGCAGCAUCGCGUCUAAGUCCGAACUACUAUGCGAAGGAUCUAGCAGAUUCAAGCCGCGAUACGCCUGGAUGGAGGACUGGCUAUGGCUGCCGAAUUACGGUACUCGUCACAUGAGACCUCUCAUAUGCGCUUGUUUGAUUAUUUACACGACAAGCUGCGGCUUCCUCAGUACUUUUAUGAUAAUAGCGUUCGAAACGUCAGUUUCGUUCACGAAGAGCGAUUACCUCUUUGCAGCGAGUUAUCUUCCGCUACCCAUCGCGAGUCUCUUCGUAAUUGCCGCUCACAAACAAAAUUCACCCACCGGGAAAUUCCAAAUACCGCUGGUGCCCUUGAUACCAGCGUUAAGCAUUCUCUUUAACGUCGGUCUGAUAAUGCACCUGUCUGCAAUGACGUGGAUACGGUUUUUCGUAUGGAUGACAAUCGGGGUGAUGAUCUACUUUCUAUAUGGCAUCCAUUAUAGUAAAGAAGCCGUUACUACGCUAAACUCAUAUUCCGGUUUGAUGGCCACCUCAGAAGCUGAGAAAGGCACAAAGUGGGGAUCUACGUUACGAGUUAGUCCGAGGAGUGACAAGACACCUAUUCUGAGCGACCAAGAACUUGUUGACUAGAAAUAAUAUACAUUUUUAUCAAUUGUUUUCCCUAUCCAGCUCGCCGGUGGAGCCGCGGAAAUGGCUUGAAUUUUAAAAGUAAAAUAACGUUUAAGCUGUCAACAACGAAAUAUUCGUACGUAAGACUGUAUGCAAUGCGAAUUAUAACGCAGACUAUUGCAACGGAAUAUAGAGCAACAUAUUUAAUCUUUAACUUUUAUUAGUUUUAAUGUGGUUAACGCACAAUUAAUACGCUCGGCUACUUAAAUGACACAAUGAGUUUUAUGUGUAAAAUUUAUUUUUCGAUUAUAUUCGCCACACUUGCUAUUUUGGCGGCUCCACUUUACAUGUUGCUUGAAAUUCAAAGUUUAUGGAAUAUAUUUUGUAAAUAUUGACUUUAGAAGACCUUUUUAACUUAUGCAUUUUGAACUCCUCGAGAAAGUUUUUGUCUGGUACAAAAAAUCUAUUUUCGUACUUAGCUUUAUCUUGUUCGACAGCGAUUCCAUAUGAAUUUUAAGCUCGUACUUUUACUUCUUAGCACGAUCAACGAAACAUUAUCGUUCUUUCCUGUCUAAAUGGCUAUUAUUAUGGCUAUUACACAAUCGCAAGAUUAAGCGAUAUGUGUUUUACGAAACAUUGUGUUUCGUGUUGCAACGAAUUCGGAGAGAAAAAAAUGUAACUUAUUUUAUUGUUAGUUUAUCUAUUAUAAGUUUUAUUACGCACAAAUUCGAUCAUCAACGGGAAAUCAUUUUUUAUUUCGUAUAUUUUAACACAACUCUCGAUUAAGUAGCAGAAUACGAUAGCAAGAAAACAUAUUUUCUUUCUGUUGUUAUGACACGAAUGUGACUAAUCUCUGUCGUUAUCAAUUAUAUUUAAAUUUAAUAAAUAACAAUAAUUUUGUAUCUUGAUUUGGCAUAAAUUUACGUUCGUGCAAUCGAAUCUAGAAUUGUUUCUUGGGAACGGAUAGAUCUAGUGAUUUAUAAAUCAUUUAUGAAUCUCACAAUUGACUCAUUUUUAUCACAAUAGUGUGAGUUAAGAACAAUUUAUAUAUAUAUGUUAAAAAUGGGUAUUAUUCGUUCUCUUGAUUCAGUCGAUUUAUGAAAUAGUUAAACCGCAAAGAAUAAUUAGAGCGUAACACGCUUCACGAGAAAGAUUUAUUCUGAUACCAAAAAAAAAAUCUAUUUACGUGAUAAUGCAUCAUCGUUUACAAUCUGUAAUUUAUGUGUGUAUUGUAUACACGCGUAUUGUGCAUGACAAGUAUAAUUACAUGGUAUUAUGUGAAAAGUAUCCGUAAUAACAAUAUAACGUAAUAUCGAUGUAUUAACGAUAGAGAUCGUUAAGAUGAUCUACAAGACACAAAGAGGUAUAUUUAAACGACAUAUAGUUUAGUAUGCAAGUUGAAUUUAUUUAUUAAGAGUCGUUUAUAUCGUUUUAAUGUAAAAAUAAAUGGUAAAUAUAGAUUAGCAAUGCAAUUCAAAAGCAACGGACGAUAUAUAUUCCACAACUGAUGAUUAUUAUUGUAAUUAAGAUGCGUCUUAAGGAUGGGAGUGAUCUCGAAUAGGAACAUCGACAAACGAUUAAAAGUCCAAUUAUUUAUUUACAAAAAUAUUUCUUAGCAAGUAAUUCUCCGCACCUAUCACCACUGAAUUAUUUAAAAUUGAUACAAAUUCCUGCAUGUUGAUGUAAAGUAAUCGUGCGAUCGAAAGUUUAAAUUCCUUACAGUGAUACAAACGUUCGUACAAUUAUUGAUUCUCGUUAUAGCAGUGCAAUAUGUCUUCAUGCAACAUAACAACCGUUUAUAAUAUUUGCGCGAGUGACGUCUGUCCACAGGGAUAUUUAAAGAUGUAACUGUAUUUGGUUACUCGUAUUCAUACCUGAUAAUUCAUUUCCAUAGCUGUGACUGCGUUUAUUUCUCUAUAUUGCCGUCAGGAAGGUACAAGAGAAUUCAAAUAAAAGUUAUAUAUCAGCCCCAA